AUGGACGAAUCGACGUCGACGGAAGAUCUGGCGGAUUUCCUCGUGGACGUCAUGCUCGUCGAUGGGCGGACCGAUGCGAACGCCAACUAUAAAAGGGAAGUACAGGAUCGCUCGACCACUACUUCACCGUCUCUUGAUAUUCCGAAGCAAGAAAUCGUUGUGAAGCAAAUGCAGGACCAGGCCACGUCUACAUCCCUUUCGCCAUCGAAUUCGCCGCAACCGCCAACGGUGGUGCUGGAAGAUGCACCCGAAACCGAUGUUUCGCUGCCGGAUUUCAAUCAGUAG